GAAACAGACUUGUAACUUAGAGCAUCGGACGGAAUAUAUAUUUAAGUCUAAAUGAAUUCCGCAGCGCUUUUACUUUGUCUCCUUCUCGUUUUGAAAAACUACGAGUCGCUGGCAGAUGUCCCUCAGAACUCAGACCAAAGCGUUAUAGAUCAGUGCUAUGGUUUGUGUAACCAAAUAAAACCAAUACUGGAUCAUAAUGACCACUUGACACAAUUGUGGAACAAGAGCGAAUCAAGAAUAAGCUCUCUUGAGGAUGGAAAACCAAUGGCCUGGAUCUCCGUCUUUUCAAUUUAAACUUAAACCGGAACUUGAUAAAUUUAUCAAAAUUGGUUCAAAAUACCUGUACAUCGAAAAGGUGAAUAAGCUGAAUUGGUUUGGCGCCUUUGGAGCUUGUCGGGAAAUCGGAGGGCAGCUGGUGAUCAUUCAAGAUAAAAAAGAACUAAAUAGCAUCAACGACCUGAUCGCACAUAAUGACACCUACUGGCUGGGCAUAAAUGACUUGGCGUACGAAGGAAUCUACAGGACAUGGCUCUCCCAAGAAAAUGCCCCCUUUGUAAAGUGGACGCUCGGGGAACCUAACAAUGAGAACGACAACCAGGAUUGUGUGGUUCUUUUCGAAACUACUAUGUGGGAUCUUGAGUGCGUAAAGAAUCGUUUCUUUAUAUGUGAAGCAAUUAUUGAAGAAUGAUUUUAAAACCAAAAAAAUUGUUUUUUAUUAAUUUGAAAUAAAUAUAAAAUAUA